GUUCCAUUCAGUGGACCAUUGGCGGUCCAGAUCUACACUGCCCAUCACCUUCACUCCAUAACUUCUCUCCCCUACAAAAGACCAAUCAUCAAACGUUGUGUUUGGACUUUACACAAUGUCCAAAUAAAAUAUUCAGCCUCUCUAAUCUCUACUACUUCUGAAGCCAAACAAGACCUUGCAUAUUCAAGAUUCCUGGCAUUAUCCCCCUUUUGUUCUCCAUUUAUAUCAUAUUAUCGUGCAUGCAUACACACCAUUUGAACUGUUCUUGUUUCUUGAUUUCGUCCCAGAUUUUGAUUGAGUACUACUGAGGAGCAGCCGGCUACAUUAUUAUUAUUUUUUCUCUUCACUCUAUACUACAAUCCAAUUUAAUUUAUAAUCCCGUUAAAAGAUCCGUCCUUUUGUGGUCCUCGGAUUUUUUUUAACGUUUUCAACCCGAAAGUCUUUUAGAUAGAGCUAAUUAGAGGUUGGAGGGUUAAGGUCAACCGUUAAAGCCCUUUUCUGGGAAAAAAGUUAGAGAGGGGGCUGAGUUUGAAAAAAAUGGCUACGGAAGACCAAAACCAUUUUGAAGUGCCAAAGGAUCUAAGGAAGCAGCUUGCUCUUGCUGUUAAGAGCAUUCAAUGGAGUUAUGCAAUUUUCUGGUCUAUUUCAUCUAGGCAACCUGGGGUGUUGGAAUGGGGUGAUGGUUAUUACAAUGGUGAUAUUAAGACAAGAAAAACAGUUCAGGCGGCUGAAUUAAAUGCUGAUCAACUGGGAUUGCAAAGAACUGAACAAUUGAGAGAACUUUAUGAGUCUUUAUCCCUUGGUGAAACUAAUCCUCAAGCUAAAAGACCUACAGCUGCAUUAUCCCCUGAAGAUCUAACUGAUGCUGAGUGGUAUUUCUUGGUUUGCAUGUCCUUCAUGUUCAAUUUCGACCAAGGGUUGCCUGGAAGGACACUAGCGAAUAAUCAAGCAAUAUGGCUGUGCAAUGCUCACGUUGCGGACACGAAAAUUUUCUCACGCUCGUUGCUUGCAAAGGACUUUCAAGAUUCUGACAUCUUGUUUAUCCACUUCUGCAUUUCACGACUGGCACCCGGCUUGUGUUAUUUCCAGAGUGCAUCCAUCCAGACAAUAGCGUGCUUUCCACAUUUAGGAGGCGUGAUUGAGCUGGGAGCAACUGAACUAGUUCCUGAGGAUAUGAACCUGAUUCAGCAUAUAAAAACCUUGUUUCUCGACUGCCCUUCAACUGUAGUCCCACACAAUCCCUUCUACUUCCCAAACAGCAUCAACAAUGGUCUCACUAAUAUCCCUGAAGAAGGCCUCGACCAUCUUCUGGAUUGUAACAAUAUUGACAUUACAUCUCCAAACAACUCGUCAAAUGAAUUUGCCGACAACCUUCUGAGGGAUGAGUCGAACUUGGUAGAAGGCGAGGAGGCUUCACAAAUGCAGAGCUGGCCAUUUAUGGACGAUGCCAUCAGCAAUUGUCUGAAUAACUCGGUAAAUUCGAGCGAAUGUGUUUCCCAAACACACGAGGAUCCAGAGUCAGUGGUCCCGUUUUUGGGUGGGAAUAAGGAAAUGAAUGGCUUAAUUCAAGAGUUGCAACCGAACAAUGACGGGCAUUAUCAUAGUGUGCUCUCGAAUCUCUUGAAGAGUUCUAAUCAGUUGAUUCUUGGGCCUUACUUUAGAAAUGGGGGCCGUAAGUCGAGCUUUGUUAGGUGGAAGAAGGAUGAGUUGGUGGUAAUGGCUGAAAGUGGGAAAUCGCAGAAGUUUCUGAAGAAGGUCGACAAAGUAUCAAUACUUGACAAUACAAUUCAGUACUUGAACGAGCUCGAGAGGAAAGUCGAGGAGCUCGAGUCUUACAAAGCAUCAAUGGAGUUGGACUCAACUGCCCAAACUAAACCACAGGAUGCAGCAGAGAGGACCUCUGGCAAUUACAGCCCCAAUAAAGUCAGUAAUUCUAAUAAGAAGUCAUCAGCAGUCAAACGGAAGGCUUCUGAAAUGGAAAGAACACAAGCCCAUGAUGAUAUAACCAUUAACGUUAUAGACAAGGAUGUGUUGAUCGAGAUGAGGUGUCCUUGGAAAGACUGUGUUUUGGUCGAGAUUAUGGCAGCUGUUAACAAACUACGGAUGGACACGCAAAAUGUGCAGUCUUCAAACACUGACGGAAUCCUAUCUUUGACUAUAAAAGCUAAGUGCAAGGGAUUGCGAGCUACAUCAGCAAGUGUGAUCAGAGAAGCUCUUCAGAAAAUUAUCAAAAAAUGUUGAAGAAGAUGGAUUAUCAGGAUAUGUGGAUGUGUAACUAAUUGUACAAAAAAUUGUAUUCAGUAAACUUAGUAAGUCCAAUGAAUUAAUAAUGGUACGAGCCACCUUUUUUUGUUUCAUCUUUAUUUUAUGUUUCCAUUCUUUUCUCAUGAUUGCUUUAAAAUAAUAGCAGAUUAUGGCCAAAAG